CGCGCGCACGGUUGGAACCGUGACGCGUGCCCGAAGGCGCGUGUGCGUGGCUUUCUCGCGUGCGCACCUUAGCGCGAUGGUAGAAGAACGUCACAAGUGCAGCUGACACCGCCGGGCUCGUUGUGUUAGACGAGGCGGUACGAAAUUCACACUUUCACUUCUUGGACGCUCGGGGACGCGCAUGUGGACAGGAGAGUGACCCGGGCACCGUCACGCUUUUGUGCUGUGCUUUUUGGACAACCUCUCGGAGGAAAUUUUCUCACCCGUGGAGGACGGUUUGCCCGUUUGGACAUCAUGACAGACGCAAAGUGCCUUCUGAAAACACCAUGUAAUUUCCAAUCAUCUGCCAUGUUUGAAGACUCUGAAUCUGUGGAGGUAGACGGAAGCAGCACAGAGAGCACAGUAGCCUCUACCAUCAGCGCUUGUAAAAAGGUUCUGUGCGGUAACGGUGUGCUGGACUCAUCAGACUAUUGGCUGAGGAAUAACAAAGCUCUGUGCAGACUGGGCCUGCUGGACGACAACACAGAGACCAGCUGCACCAUGAUGUGUUUUGUGAAAUUGGACCCUCAGAAAACAGAUUGUCGAGAUGACGAAAGCAUUAAGAAACUGGCACUAGUGUCUCCAGACCUGCCAAAGCUUGUUGAAUUACUAACUGCUCACCGGCCCAAAGAAAAUGAGAUCCUCUUCUUCAAUGGCCUUGAAGGAUCCGACACUUGCCAAACACACCCAACAGCUCCUUCUCAGCAGCAGAGAAGAAUGGGGGUGUGCCUUCUUCAGCGAUCAGGACAAAAGCGCUUCAUCCAACCAAGCAGCAUUAUCUUUGAGAUCAACAGGUUCCUUGCAGGUUUCCAGUGGGGACAAGAAGGACAGCUUCAUCAAGGGCAAAUCAGACAACGGGUUGAUGAUGACACCAAUCGUUCAGUUUCAUCCAUAGAGGAAGACUUCCUGACGGCUUCAGAACACAUGGGAGAUGACAGUGAAGAUGACGGUUUUAGAAAUGAGGCAGAGGUUGGCGAACAGACAGAGAGCUUGGUAGAGGUUGCGCAGAAAAACAAUGCUGGUGUCACGGGUCAGAGGGGACAGCUGGCUCAUCAUCAGAAAAGGGAGGGUGCAGAUUUGAAAACAGAAGCACAUCAGCGGGUCAGCCGGCACACAAAGGAAUCAGCUGGUUACUACGCCACCAAUCUGGCAGAGUCAGUCCUGCAAGAUGCCUUCAUACGACUUUCUCAAGAUGAAACCUCAUUUAUCUCUGAGGCUGCAGUCAGUGUGCCACAUCCUCAAUGUCACCCCAUCACAGCACUCUCACCAAGAAAACAGCCUUCCCAACUGCAGACCUGCUCCUUUGAACUCCCCAAAAUUGUCAUAGUUCAAAGCCCAGACAGUGCAGAUGGAAAUGCAGAGUGGCCAGAGACUCAGGUGACAAAUGUGUCCGUUCAGGAUAUUACCACCAAAGACAUUGAGAUGCCAGAAAAGAAAGCCCAGAUUCCUCACCAUAAUGGAGGACUUCCAUCUAAACCUGUAGAGGUGGCUUUGGCCUGUGCUGCCAAUGUUAUUGGCACCAUAACAUCCCCACAGCUAGCGAGACAUCUCACCCAGGAUUCUACUUCAGAAGAAGACACAGAAGCGGAGCUCGAGAAACCGGAGGAGAAAAGCGACUACUCCUUCUCCUCAGCCAUCUGUAGUAUGGCUCAGGUUGCUGGUGCUGUUGCAGCAUUGGAGCUUACGGACGCAUCAGGGGAGGGUGGCAAUAAUGAUAGAGAUUUAAGUGCAGUCUACACAACAUCACAGGGUUUAAUAUCUGCUGCCCAAACAUCUGCAGCCUUCACAUUACAUUGUAGUGUUGCAGAAGGUACCAGUGUUGACGCAUUCCGUGCAAACAUCGCUGAAGUCUUUCAUAGGGAAGCAGCCGGGGUGCUGACAGAUCCACAUGGCUACCGGAGUGUAGCUGACCUCUUGGAGUCCACACAUAACAAGAUAGUUGAUGGCAUUACUUGCCCGAAAAAAUCGUGUACUGAAGAAAGUGAGGUGAGUGAAUUAAUCAAUGAGAUGGCCGACAGUCUUUUUAAGCAUGCUUUAGAAAAAGCCAAAAGGAAAAAAGAAUUGGAGGGGACUGGGAAAGAUGCACCACACCUCCAGGUUCUUUUGCAAGACAGUGUAAACAAUUUGCUGUUUGAGAUUCUUUGCCAGGCACAAAAAAAGAUUAGUCACAUUUCAAGAAGUGAUAAAGGGACAUUUGAGACACAGGACCUUGGUACUUGUUCCAAGCAGUGUGUUCCCACAAAGGGAAAUAAUGACUCAUUAAGUCAGUUACAGGGUUUAGCAAGUUUCAGGCAAUCCGCUAACACUGAAAAACACAGUGGAAUGCGUCAAAGCACAGAUAGUCUUACCAUGGUUCCUGGAAUUAGCACAAAUGCGCUUGAAGAAAGCGAUGUCAGUACAUCUCUCUUUACGACUUACAGCAAAGAGCAACCACAGCACUCAUGCUGUGCACAAAGUCAGUUGAAGUCUGCCCUACAUACAAAAGACUGGUGUGGCCACCAUGAUACAACUGCUGUCAGAGUCCCUGUGAGUGACAUCCCAGUUCAUGGCACAGAGAGGCGGGGCCGAUUUGCGACAGCAAAUGACAGCAGACAGUCUUCUCUCACCCCACAGUCUUCACUCAACUCUUGCAGUUCACUUUUGUCUUGGAGAAUGGACUCAGAGAGCAGGACACCCAUUACCUGCUAUGCUGAUGAUUUGGCUGCUACAGUGGUGUCUAUGGCCACAGAACUAGCUGCUAUAUAUCUUGAAAAUUCAACCGGGAAGCAACCCUGGUUCUGUGCCCUCAAAGGGACAUCAGCGGAGGGCCCAGAGGCUUUCUUUAUCCCGGCUUGCCGAACAGUAUUCAGAAGGAAAGAGAGUCAGAGCAACAAUGUCACCUCCAAGAAACAUCGAGCACCACGCCUCAGUGAGAUUAAAAAGAAAACAGAGGAGCAGCCAGAGUUGAUGGAGCGCCUGGUGAACCGCGUGGUUGAUGAGUCGGUCAACCUUGAUGAAUCGCAGGACCCAUUUGCCCUAUUUGCCUCGGAAGUCACAGCCAGGAUCAUGAACUGCCCUGAGCUUAAUGUGGUGGACACAUCCAAAACAAGCCAGCCACGUAGCAGAUUGCAGUGUGAGAGGUGGAGCCGUGGGAAGGCCUCGAGUUAUGAAAGCAUUCCAGAGGAAGACGGAGACCCCUCGGGUACACCAAAUACCCUAGGCCCCGGUAGUCGUUUAGGCCAGAACCUGAGUCGCGGUAGCUCUAUUUCCAAGCAGUCAAGUUGUGAGAGUAUCACAGAUGAAUUUUCACGGUUCAUGGUCAACCAGAUGGAGACUGAGGGCAGAGGCUUUGACCUUCUUCUGGACUACUACGCAGGGAAAAAUGCCAGCAGCAUCCUGGCGGCAGCUGUGCACCAGCCUGCAUCCAAGAAAAAUGGUCACCUUAAUGUCAGGACGACAUCCUGCCUGUCCAAACAAUCCAGCACUGAGAGCAUCACAGAGGAGUUCUACAGGUUUAUGCUCCGGGACAUGGACAAGGAAAACAAAGAGCACGGCAUUGCCAAGACUAAAGAGUGGAGCAAUAGCUUGUUCCCGCCAUCCCCCCGGAGUCCCUUUUGCAUACGACAGUCAUCAGUCCCAGACAGGCGUUCCUCAGAUUCAAGACUGACCGUUAACUCACCCAUUAAAGCCAAUUCAUUUGAUGGGUUUGCCCAAAAUGUUCAUGGAGAUACCCUGAAUAUCUACCCCCGCAACUCAGUGGCAGCAACAGGACUGUGCAAAUCAGACUCAUGUCUCUAUCAAAGAGGCAAGACUGACCAGAUCACUGACAUGCUGAUCCACGAUACCUGGUCCAGUUCUAUUGAGUCAUUGAUGCGGAAGAACAAGAUCAUUGUUGAUCCAGAGGACAGUAUCGACCUGGAGGCUGCAGCAGACCCUCAGCCACACAUAGAGCAAUUUGCUAACCGCCUGGCAGCUGAUAUUGUAGAUAUUGGCAAAUCAUCUGCUGGAGAUCAGCGAGAGGUUCCUGGAAGCACAAAUGGGCCACACUUACACAUGCCUGUUGGUGAGAGAAGGAGGGGAUUCAAACAAUCCCAUUUUAACUGUAGUUGGGGUAGAUCAAGUCAAGAACAAACAGGGUUUAUACCAGGGCCAGGUGACAGCAGUACACCCCGUUUAAGAGCCCCGAGGGAUGUGCCAGUGAUCCACAUUGAGGGGGAUACCCAAGAAAGGAGAGAUGGACAUCCAGAACGACCACCAGAGGUGCCAGGUACCAAGUGUACAGAGAGGAUUAAAGCCAACGGUAAAAGCAGCGAAAGGGACAGGUCAGGUGUGGUUGUGGCGAAAGUAGUGAAGCGGGACAAGCGUUCAAUGAGCGCCAGCAGUGAAGAGAGCAUGGGAAGCUGGUCCCACAUAAACACGGAGGAUGAGCCCCCCGAUGAGACCAGUAGUUUUAUCCAGCUGAGUGAGGGGAAUGCGACCAGCAGCGACUCAAGCGUCGGCAUGGCCGAUCUCGAGACCUUCUCUGAUGUGCCAUCUCAUAGCACAGAAAUAAGUGCAGGGUCAGGGAAAGGUGACCGCUCAGCAACCAAAGACUGCUAUUUUGAGAGCAGCUCAGCCAGGAAAGCAGGCGGGGGUGGCUGUCAUGUUCGGGAGCUCCUUGUGAUAAACUGCGACCUGGAAGCGGACUGCAUGAACUCGGAAGUGACUUUGGCUCUGGAGUGGAUUGCCGCUUCCGAGCUGGGCCUUCAAGCGCUCUACUUCAAGAAGUCCAAAGAAAAACGGGCUGCCAAGUUUCAGAAGGUGGUCCAUCUGAUGUCCCAGAAGUCAUGGAAGAUCGCGGACUUGUUCGAUGCUGUGGUUCGGUUCUGUAAACUUCAUGAGGAGAGUGAGGACAUGUCUCUGUCUAGCCUGUUUGACUGGCUCUUAGAGAUCCUGUGAAGUGGAUUUCUUUCAACAGCCUGCAUAAAAGCUUGCAUGCUCACUCCCUCACACUGACACUUGUCUUCUCACCAAGUGUGUUUGCGUCCAAAGCUGAGAGCACAAAGUGAUCAGCCAACUUGACGAAUGCUCUUUCCUUCACUGCUGUCACACUCUGUCCGUGGGGGUUUUGUUUUCUGUCUGUCACUUCUCACAUACACCCCAAAGGAACACGGGUUGGACAUUCCUAUUUUGAGUGCACAAGCCAUUAAGAGAUUAUCGUUAGUUAGCAGGUUUUAACUGCUCCGGUGUAUAUUGAUAGACACGGUAAUUAAGAGUAUAUUUAUAGAUUCUCACAACCAAAAAAUGGGUUGGUUCAUUUAUUUAUUGGUAAAAGUACUAAUACAUAGGAUAUCAGGUGCACUUUUCCUGCUUUUCACUACCUUCCUUGCUGGUUUGAAAGACAUGGCUGUUUACAUUAGCACACGCUACGCAUUCCUUUAAAUCAAAGUCAAUGCCUAUUUGUUUGUUUUUCAUUCGGCAACAAAAAUGUCCUCGUUGUGAUCUUAAA